AUGGAAUUUCCAUUCAAUAUAAAUUAUCUCUUCGGAGAAAGGAUUUCAAUGAUAGAUAAUCGCCUAAUGCCAUACAAAACACACGGUCAUGGGAAUUUACAAUCAAACCUAAUAACUGUCAUUGAUGAAAUGGGAAAGGCAUCUGCUAAGGCGCAAGGUUUGCACGGUCCAAUCACUUUAGGAGUUAAGAUGAGGUUCACGGACCAUCACUUAUACAUUAUGAAAGAUCCAGCAGCUAAUAAGGGUUUUGGAGCAGUUUUAGGUAUAUUGAAGAUUGGCAGAAAGAAGCUAUUUGUACUUGAUCGUUAUAGUAAACAACAUGAAAUGAAACCAAUGUGUGUGUUAGACUUCUAUGUCCAUGAAUCUGUCCAGCGGAGGGGGUGUGGUAAACAGCUCUUCCAACAUAUGCUCAAUGUUGAAAAAGUGAAACCUCAGCAUUUGGCUAUAGACCGUCCAUCUCACAAGUUUACUCAGUUCCUUAUCAAACAUUACAGUCUACGGGCACAUAUAUCUCAGGUCAACAACUUUGUCAUCUUUGAGGGAUUCUUCAACAGUCAGCCAGAAUCAAGUUAUGAGAGAAAAUAUUCUAUCUAUUCAAAACCACCUCUUGCACCAAACAGUCGGGCAAGUGGAAAGCAACGGGACACAUCUUCCCAAAGGAAUAACCAAUGGUCGGCAAGAUACACCUCUCACUCGGCUGGAAGUGCCCGGAAGAAAAGCGAUCUGUUCAGUGAUGAGCCUCCAGGUGGCAGUGCUCUUCCUGCUAUUAAACGAUCACAGUCAUUUGGAUCUAUACAUGCUAUGGACCCUUCCUCUAACAUCAGAUCAAAUUCCCCAGGCAAUAUUUCCAGAGCUUAUGGCGCUCAAGCCAAUUUGUACAGUCGCUAUGGAAGCAAUGAUGCCCUCAGUUCAAGUGAUGUUCGGAAGAAUUCAGGAAAAAGGAACGCUUACUCACCGAUCACAGGCGCCCCUCUAGUUGAUAAUUUUAAUUUAGGAAAAAGAGAACCAACCCCUCCAUUUGGAAGGUAUACCACAAAUCAUGGAAGCAAUAGUGUACACCCUACAAAGACAGUCCUCACCCCACUAGCAACAGGGACCACCACAGACUACAAACACAAUGAGAUAGCAAACACAAUGACCAACGAGGGCAACUACUGCCUGACAAUGACGAAACCCAACAAAGCACAAAGUCAUUCACCCUGGCAUGCUUACACUGCCAAACAACAAGAGGAAGUGCAAGGUAUCGGCAGCGUGGCGAACCAACAUCACGGCCCAUUCCGACUGUGGUAAAAUUCAACAAUUCGUUGCUCACAUCACAAACUAACACAAUCAAAGUAGAUUGUGUUAGUUCUUGAAAUCAAGAUAGUGCGUCAAAAUACGCGCUGUUGUUGUUAAGGACUUUUUGUGUGGUAAAGAAUACAAAAUUGCUUGACAACCAAAACACGCUCGUUUUGACGCGCUACUGUGAUUUCACGAACUAACACAAUCUACUUUGGUUGUGUUAGUUUGUGAUGUGAGCGACGAAUUUAUUAUAUUUAGUUAAGCAAUUUUUAUACAGGGGUAACGUGAUAUCAGUACUUGUGGAAAGAAAUGCAGGAGGCAAAAAUUGGGAGAAUGCACUUAAGAAAAUCUGGUUUAAUUCUGGUGAUACCAUUGGCCUUCUGACUUCUGAGAGACAAUAGUAAAACAUCAUCAUGAAUCAUGAAUUUGUGGGAAAAUGGUUAGUUUCUGGGAGAUUUUUGCUUGCUUGUGCCAGUGGGGAGACACUGCUAAUUUGUGGGGCAUUCCCAUGACAUGUGGGAGACUUACGGCUCCUGAGAAGUGAGGAAAAUUAAAUAAAAAAACUGAAAUUUGGGUGUGUCUUGUCCUCUUUUUACUCAUUAUUUGUAAUUUAUUAAUUAAUGAUUUCCAAACUCCUUUAAAUAAAGGUAAUUAGACCCUUUACAUAAUAUUGAACAAAAUUGUAAAAUUUUAUUCAAAUCAGAACAAAUUCAUCAUAUUGCUUUUAAAAUAAGUUAAAAUAGAAACAACACAAUACACUACUCUAGAGGAACAAAGCAAACUUUUGUCUAUUUCUUUUUCAUUUAAUAUUUACUUAUUUAUAUUCUAAAAAAUUGUUGUUUCUAUGAUUGGUUAAUUGGUAAUUAGGUGUGGAUAGCCAUCUAUAAAAUAGUAUAAAAAUUAGUUAAUUAUGUAGAGGCUACAGAAAUGCUGUUCUCAUUAAAUUAUUUGGAUACCAAUUUUUUUUAUUGAUGUUAUAUACUGGUAUCAUAUAACAUACUACAGUACACUAACCUAUGAUGCACUUAAUAUCCAGCUUAGAACCUUACUAAUCAAUAAAUUUAGGCGAAAAAAUAGGUUAACAUUGUACGUUAACAUAAUUAUCCAUGGGAUGAUGAGAAGUUAAGUGCACGGUCUUUGUAAAGUCUCUAAUUGCCCAUCAUAAUUUCCAGGCUGUGCGACCCAAUUUUUAUCUUCUCGAUUAUUAAAGGAAUCCCAGGAGAUGUUACAUUUUAAUAACAGGAUUGCACUAACGGUUUUUGAUACCCUUGACACAGAGCGGAUCAACCAGGAUUUAUUUCACAUUCCUUAUAUAAACUGGAUUUCCAGAAGGUGUGAAGCUCGGACUGAUUAGCCAGCAGGUGCCGGAAUUAAUUAAUGCGAGGAAUUGUUUUUCAAAAGGCUUAAUUUUUUUAAAAUUUUGGCGGCAUUAGUUGUAAUGGGUCUGAUGAAUAUACCACAUGAAUUGCAUAGAUAGUAAUAUAAACAAUUUUAAGUGGCAUUCUCAUGAGCUGUUGUCAUAAUAGAUUUUGAGCCCGCAUUGAAUAUUCUUUACAUGUUAAAAUGUAACCCAGAGAGGUGCCAAGGUUGAAAUGGGAGGAAGCCUCGCAUGUAGAAAAGUUUAGCUUCAAGUUUAUUAAAAAGAGGUUAACUUCAAAUGAGAAUUUGGCUUUUUCUCCUGAAAUGCAAGAUGGGAAAGGUUUGCUUUAAGUGAAUUAAGGAACAUUUGGCUUAACUACAGAUGGGGAUGUAUUUGUUACAUUAUAAAAUAAUGUUGUAAAUUUUAAAGUUGGAUGGUUAGUGAUGAAUAGGGUUAAAUAGUGCAAUAGUUGUUUUUUAUGGAUCAGUAAAAUCAGUUUUCUAUCUUCUGCAGUAUAACUUUCCUACCUUGUAUGUCUUAUUUUGUUUUUCUUUAUGACAUUUAUUUUUACAGUAUGCUAUAAUUUAUUGUAUUUAAUUUUCAUGAAAUGUUACAUGAAGAUUUAUAAGCCAAACCUAAUGUUUCUUCCAAACAGUGAAAUUUCUGUUGCACUGUCCAGGCUUGUAAGAGCCAAAGGUUCAGAAGCUCUUGUGGUGAAUGUUUUUUGAUGCAAAGGUGCAGGUGGUUUGGUUAGGAAGGAUUUGGCCAAAUAGGCAGUUAUUGAUUUUAGUGAUAAUAUAUACUUGAGAAAAACAUACAUCCCCAUCGGGAUUCAAAACAAAGACCUUCCGAUUACUGUUCAGAUACAUUACCAACUGAGCUUUGAGGCCUAAGUGUUAAUUGGAUUUUCGCAUUAGGAUAUGCUCUUUUCUCAAUGUGUUGUGUAAUAAGCAAUGAAUAAUAGUAAAUCACAUGAUUUUAGUGUAAAUUGGGAAAAAACAAUGUUUAAGGGCAACAAUAGUAGCAAAAUCAACCUUGUUAAAAUUUAGAAUCUGUAAUCUCUUUUGUAUUUAAAAUUUGCAAGGUUAUCCUCAUGGGCAUUCCAUAUCCAUUUAAAGUUUAACAGUAUUAGCUCAUCUGAAUUUCAAAUUAUAAAAUACCAAAUUAUCUGCAAGUACUGUUUUAACAUCAUUUUACUAAAACAACUGUUAUUUUCUAUCAAAAAUACCCUUUUUGUUUAUAAAUUAUAUAUUUUUUGUGCCAUUCUGCUCAUUUCUAUGUUAAUGUAUUGUGACCUUUUUUCUAAAUGUAAGUUUGGAAAAAGACAAAGACCACAAAUUUAAUACUAUCAUGUAUUGUAGCUGUUUAUGUGGAUUAGUAAAAUAUGAGACUGUAAGAAAUGUAGGAUUUUUAGCCCAUCAUGAAUGUACAGUACUUACGUGAAGCAUUUUGUAGAACCGCAGUGCAUGUAGGCAAAAUGUAGACAUUCUAUCCGCAGACAAGAUUCUUCUUGACUACUAUACAGGAACCACUGGCAUCGCUGUAACCGCGCACUAUUCUUUACUGUGCUCAUCUGAAUUCACUGUGUCUAACAUAGAGUGUAUGAGCAGUGUUAGUAAAUACAGUUAAAUCCAAAAAGGCAUUGAAAAAUUGUGCGACUUGGAUACUAUCAAAGUUCAUUAAAAAAACGUCACAUAAAAUGCCACGGUGAUGGAACAACUUUUUUUGGUACAAUUUUAUAGUAUGUGAUAUGACGUCAUCGUACCAAUAUAUGGGAACAUCACAUUUUUUUGUCACAUAAAAUUUGAUAGUGAAGACAAAGCUUUACAGAUGGUUAAUUAAGUGGAAACACAACUUGGUAGAUCGACUUAAGAAAUUGUUUGAGUUAGGCAAAGUCGACUUAGGCAAGCUUAAAUGUAUACAGCAUCUUACCGUGCUAAGAAUGUGCAGCAAUAAUAUAUUAAAUGCACUGUGCAUCACAUGUUACUACAUUUUCUAAAUGUAGCAUACAGCAUUUUGCAGUUAUUCAUUAAUUAGCUUCUUGCGGUGUUCUGUAAUUGAUGUAGCAGCAAUUGACUCUAAAUUACUAAGAACUCCACAUACAGUCUACAUACUGUACAAAUGUAGCAUGCAAUGAGUGUUGUAUGGUAGCAAAUGUGAAUAGAAAUUGUAGUGUAGUAGGAUCAUGAACAUGUCCAAUGUAAAUUUAUAUAAAUACUGUACAUACACAGUUUCAAUUUUGAAGGACUUCUUUGUAUUGAAGAGAUAUAUUUUAAGGGUCAUGACAAGUGCGAGUCUAGCGAGUAUACUUACACCUUGAUAAUACUAAUUGGGGGAAGUUAUCCAUGCAUAUUGCUGCUAAAUAUUUUUUUAACCAGGACAGAAAGUAUGUAUAAGGUUUGACUAUUUUCUAGCAUUAUGUGUUGAACACUGAAGAUAAUAAAAAGGAAAAAAAUAA